AAUAAAGGAGGACAAAGGCACUCUUCAUAUAAUGAAUUAAAAUGCCUAUAUUUGUAUGGCAUGUUCAAUGGAAACAAAGUUUCAAAACUCAGACGCGUUUCGGCUGCUUGGCCUUCGUCAGGGAGUACAAAGAUAUGAUAAUACAAUGUCCUCUUUUGAACAGCUUUUUCCAAUCAACCCUGAUUUGAAGAGGGAGUGGUUACAGAAUUCAUUGGACAACACCUAGUAAGCAAUACUAUACACAUAAAAAGUUCAAUACUGUAGAUAUGUUAUCAAAAAUGCUAUAAAAAAUGCACAUCCUCCUGUUCUCACAACUAACACAACACGUUAUUACUAUGGCGAUGAUCAUACAUAUUAUUAGCUAACUUUGGGCGUGUUCGUAAAUUCAUUUUGCCUAUGUAUUCCGAUUUCAGAGCACUCUCCUUUGAGUGUGCCAGAAUGCAGAAUAACUGAUGAAUUUACAAACGCAGAACACCCAUUGAAUAUGACAGGUGUCAGUAAAGGUUGGCAAAAAAAAUAAUUCAAUUGUUGCUAGCAGCACAGUUACAGUCACUAAUGCACUAGAUAGCAUGAAAACAGCCUAACUAGCUCUGCUAUGGGGAGUAAAAUGGUCAGAGUGAGGUGUUCUCUCAUUUGUGUCUGGAAGUAGCUAGCCAACUUUAGCCAGUUAGCUUGGGAGCUUGACUGCCAUUGUGAGGUCAGAACACUCUGAUCAACCCUACUCCUCAGCCAGAGCGUCCAGUGUGCACUCUGAACACUCAGAGAGCGAAACACUCUGACAACGCUCUGAAUUUACAAAUGGCCCAGAGCGCACUCUGACUCACUGGAGGCAAUUGUGAAACGCACCCUUUAAUUAGGGUUCAACAUCAGAAUUGUCAAGAAAACAUGGCAGUGAUGGGUACCACUCACAAUCCAGCUAAUCUAGUCAUCAAGACAUACUAUGUCAGGUAAGCAUCCUUAUUUCAGUACAGUGUAUUGUGACUCUCACCAUGUCAUUUCUGGUGAGCAUGUACUUCAAAGUUAAAUUAGGCUUCAUUGUGCUAAACAUUUUAACAAUUUCCUACAGCAAGAUAAGCAGAGAGACAGAUAGAAUAAAAUAUGUUUUCGGGUAUUGAUGAAAACAAGGCUCGUGAUAAGACAAGUAGCAAAAGUGGUUGAGGUUAGAGACAUGAAACUGAUAGUCACUGUGGUGAGUAUGCACAACAGAGAAUGUGCUAGAAGGCUUCCGAGAUUCCAGAACACUGUUCAGUUGGAGGUUUGACAUUUGGUGAGGGGUAUUUAGGAGACUUCACUUAUCAUUGCCCCAUGAACAUGGUGGAUAAAUGCAAAAGGGGUUCAUGGCCUAUUUUGUUCUAUUUGGAAAAUCUCUGUCACCACACACAAUUGUUUAUGUGGCCAAAGGUUCAAGACACUCAUCCUCCUGUUCUCACAACUAACACAACACACACGGGCACAUAACACACGUAACACACUGGUUUGCAUUUUGUGUAAAGAUACAAUUAUCGAAACAACAUACCUAAGACCAAAGUCUAAUGGAAAUAAUAUGUUUCAGGUGUAAUGUCUUCUUCUCCCCACCCUAUUCCCCAGGAACUGAUGAUGUCACAGAGCAGGGGUCAUGGUGGGUCAGGGGUUCGGAUGAGGGAGCUGUAUGUUCUGCUGUGUGUGGUACUGACUCUACCAGGCUGCAGAGGCUUCCUCCCCAACUUCUGGUCCCGUGUGUUAACCCUGUCCUUGGACUCCUACACACACCAAUUCAUCACUGAACAGGGUGUCCUCAACGUCACUCUGGAGACACUGAGCAUGGCCAACACACACCAGCACACACAGGAGCAGGCAGGUCUGGGUCGGGGGUUCUGGCAUGCAGUGGGGGAGGUGGUGCAUUCCAAUGCGGCCAUGGACUUCCUGAGUUCCACACGGUCCGACCCAGUCUACCACUUUGACUCUGAGCGCGUGGAGGAAUCUAUGGCGAUGCUACGGCAGUUCUGGGCCCAAACCCUGCUCUCUGCACUAGCCAAAGAGUACCAGGGGGCGAGACACAGUCUGGGACAGCUGCUACACUCAUUGCAGGAUUUCUACAGCCAUAGUAACUGGGUGGAGAUGGGUCAGCACUCAAUAUACCUCCACCUGCUGCAUCCUGGGCAGCCAGCCUUCCCUGUAGCCACAGAGGACACUCCUACCUGUAUGGAGUGUCACAGCGCUACCUGCAGAGAUAACCUCCUGCCCAGACUGAGUAGUCAGCAGUACCCUCUACUGCUCACCACUGGGUACUUCAGCACCUACCCACCCAAACCACAAGGGAAGUGUAGUCACGGGGGUGUACUGGACAGCAGUCGUCACCAGGGGGCCAAGGGGGGCAUCAAUAAGGACAGCACCUCCCCCCUCUUCUCCCCCCAUCACUACCUCCAUGUGGAGGCUGCCCGCCUCGCUACCACGGCAACCCUUACUGUGCUCAGAGACCUCCGAGACAGUGUGGGCAACAUCAGCUUCCUCAGACUCUUCAGUGUGAAGCAGCCUCCAGCGCUGGUGUUUGUCAUGGACACCACAGGCAGCAUGUUUGAGGAAAUCACCGCAGCCCGCCUCCGUGCCCACUCUAUCAUCCAGGCCCGCGCCAACACUCCCGAGCAGCCUGGCACCUUCCUGCUGGUGCCCUUCCAUGACCCAGGGGUGGGGCCGGUGUAUGAGACAGAGAAACCGGAGGAGUUCAUGAGCUAUAUGGAGAAUCUGAUGGCUCUGGGUGGAGGAGAUGAACCUGAGAUGUGUCUUUCUGCCAUACAGCUGGCCCUCACUCAUAGCCCACCUCUGUCAGAGAUAUUUGUAUUCACUGAUGCCUCCCCUAAAGAUGCUCACCUGUACAAUGCUGUGAGGGCUCUUAUACUAGAGAAACAAUGCAAGAUGACCUUCCUCCUGACUGAAGACCCCCGUCACAGGAUGAAGGGCAGCAGGAGGAGGAGGAGGAGGAGGGAGACUCUGUCCCCUGACCGUUUCGCUCUCUACUCCUCCCUGUCCUCUGUUUCCGGGGGACUGACUGUCUUCACCACUAACUCAGACAUCCACCGUGUCUCUGCCAUAGUUGAGGACAACACAGCUGCAGAUAAGGUGACUCUGCUACAUGCAGAGAGUGAUAGUGACUCCAAUUUAUCCCACUCCUUCAGUGUGGACAAUGCAGUGAAGUGCGUGACCCUUCACCUCACUGGACACCUCAGACAAUGUGUCCUCAGCAGCCCAACUGAUCGUACUCAGUCUCUGUUGAAUCAGCAGGGUCCCCUGGCAGAGUGUGAGCAGUUUCAGGGUCUGUACAGGAUCAGCCUGCUGUCCCCUAUAGAGCCAGGCCAGUGGCACCUCAACACCAUUGCUGAUGGUCACAUCACCUUUAAUGCCAUAGCUGACAGCAAUGUGGACUUCCUGUAUUACUUUGCUGUGGAGGCCAAUGGAACGCAUCCAGGCCUGGCUAAAGUGGAGGGGAGUCCAAUCGCAGGUGUCCCAACCUUUCUAGUGCUGACUGUCACAGGUCUAUUGCCCAAUGAGAAGGCCUCUUUCAGUCACGUGACCCUGCUGGGAGCCAAUGGGGAGAGCCUCCAGAAAGUGUGGCUAAACUCGUCCUCUUCAUCUGCGUCCUCUGGAGAGGAGCUGGUUGGCUGGAUGGCCUCUGUUCCCAGGGUGCCGUUCUGUGUCCGUCUAUCCGGCAGAGACGGGGGAGGGAACCGCCUGGAACGCGUCUCCACGGAGAUGAUCCAGCACACACACAUUAAGAUACAGGUCCUGUCUAUCCCACGUCUGGUUCCUGGCCACAGUACGAGAGUAUUUUUUGAUGUUCAGAACCACGGCCCCGCCCGAAACCUCACCCUGACCGCUGACGAUGACCGGGGAUAUCUCUCUCAGAGAGGACCACACAGCCUCUCUGUGGGGGAGAGAGGGUCAGUGAGGGGGGAGGUGGAGCUCCAAACUCCUAAGGGGGCUGAGGCAGGAGGGGCUGUCACUAUGACUCUGACAGUGCGAGUGCUGGACUCCCUGGACUCCAACUACGCAGUGUUGCACCUGACUGUGGUUCCUCCGGAUCCUGACAUGUCUCCCCCAUCAUGUUCCAUCAUGCGAGUAGAACACACCUGCCCAGGCCCGACUCAGUGCACAGGAGUCAGAUGGACUGUCUCUCUGGCUGUGACAGACAGGGGGUGCUCUGGCCUGGCUUCCCUCCAGCUCUCUCAGGGUCAGGGCAUUCUCACCCUGCUCCACAGCCCCACAGACCCCCUAGGGGACAGCCUGGAGGAGAACCAGCCCACCCCCAAGCACAAACCUCAGAACCAGAGAGACAGGGAGAGGACAAGCCCAGCACAUGGGGAGAAUGGCUAUGCUGAACUGGAUCCCAGGCUGGUACAAGUGCUCUGGAGUGGUGCAGCGGUUCGAUUCUGGAGUGGUGCAGCGGUUCGAUUCUGGAGUGGUGCAGCGGUUCGAUUCUGGAGUGGUGCAGCGGUUCGAUUCUGGAGUGGUGCAGCGGUUCGAUUCUGGAGUGGUGCAGCGGUUCGAUUCUGGAGUGGUGCAGCGGUUCGAUUCUGGAGUGGUGCAGCGGUUCGAUUCUGGAGUGGUGCUUAAAGCUAGUGAGGGAGAUGUGAGUCUCAAGCUUCAGAGAUGUUUGCAAUUCGUUCCAGUCAUGGGCAGCAGAGAACUGGAAGGAAAGACGACCAAAGGAGGAAUUGGCUUUGGGGGUGACCAGUGAGAUAUAUCUGCUGGAGCGUGUGCUACGAGUGGGUGCUGCUAUGGUGACCAGUGAGCUGAGAUAAGGCGGGGCUUUACCUAGCAGAGACUUGUAGAUAACCUGUAGCCAGUGGAUUUGGCGACGAGUAUGAAGCGAGGACCAACCAACGAGAGCGUACAGGUCGCAAUGGUGGGUAGUUUAUGGGGCUUUGGUGACAAAACAAAUGGCACUGUGAUAGACUGCAUCCAGUUUGUUGAGUAGAGUGUUGGAGGCUAUUUUAUAGAUGACAUCACCGAAGUCGAGGAUCGGUAGGAUGGUCAGUUUUACGAGGGUAUGUUUGGCAGCAUGAGUGAAGGAUGCUUUGUUGCGAUAUAGGAAGCCGAUUCUAGAUUUAAUUUUGGAUUGGAGAUGCUUAAUGUGAGUCUGGAAGGAGAGUUUACAGUCUAACCAGACACCCAGGUAUUUGUAGUUGUCAGAGCAUUCCAGGGUAGUGAUGCUGGACGGGCGAGCAGGUGCAGGCAGCGAUCGAUUGAAAAGCAUGCAUUUAGUUUUACUUGUGUUUAAGAGCAGUUGGAGGCCAAAUGUCAGAAGUCAAAAUCAAGCUGGUGGAAGCACUUAAUGGCAAUGUCCAUGCAAAAAAAGAUUAUAUCCAUGAUAAGUCCUCUAACUAACUCUAUGGGAUGGGUGGCAGGUAGCCUUGGGGUUAAGAACAUUAGGCCAGUAACUGAAAAGUUGCUGGUUUGAAUCCCUGAGCCGACAAAGCGACACAAAUCUGUCAAUGAGCCCUUGAGCAAGGCACUAAAUGACUAAAAUGUAAUUGAAAAUAAGAAACUUGGCUGCCAAGCUAUAUCUGGUUUUGAGUUUAAUUUGGACUGUUCUACUGUAGGUCAGCAUGCGUGGCAUAUAGACACAACUCAAGCUCUGCUGUGAGACCAGUAAAAUACAUCGAACUCAAGCAACCACUGGAAACCACUCAACCUAGCACUGGAAACCACUCAACCUAGCACUGGAAACCACUCAACCUAGCACUGGAAACCACUCAACCUAGCACUGGAAACCACUCAACCUAGCACUGGAAACCACUCAACCUAGCACUGGAAACCACUCAACCUAGCACUGGAAAUCCCUUUGACAAGACACACACGAUUGGGGACCAGUGCAGGUUAAACACACCUCGUGCACAAACAUAAACAUUUCACUUUGUGGAUUAACUUACCAAAAUACCUUUGUGUUCAUCAUGGGCCACAAAGUACAUUUUUGUUAAAUUUCUCAUAGGAAAACCACUGUUUUCCACUGACUCCGCCUAGGAGAGGGUUAAAAAUCAGUGAAUGUUUCUGUCUGAAUUACAGCUGUAACGACCCUUUGGGAAUAAUUAAACUUGG